AUGGGAUUUCGUCAAAAGCCUGGCCCUGCCAGGCAGACAACGUCGGCUGGGCCAAUCCCUGCACGGCUUCCGCUGGAGUCACUGGAGCUUCCAGAAGCCGAUCGCCGGGCAGAGCCAUCUCCCGCAACGCAGACAGCCUCGGCCGCCUCGGCGAAGCUACGCGCGGCACUGCUCUUCGAAGAGUCUGAGGCAGCCGAGGUUCGCAACUUCCUGAUCGAAAGUGGGCUGCAUGCCUACGUGGAUGCCUUCAUUGAAAAUGGCUUCGACUGCAUGGACGUGGUGCAGGAAAUGGAGGAGCGGCAUAUGAAGGACAUGGGCAUGAAACCCGGUCACAUGAUCAAGCUGAAGCUGCGACUUGCAUCCCGAGUUUCAUCCAGCAGCUCGGCUUGA